AUGAUGAACUUCCUCCUCAAUGCGAACACGUGCCUUCGCCUUUUCGUGGCCCUCCUCUUGGUUGGAGCUGUCGAGUCUGGACCGUUGGCCUAUGGCAUUUGUCAGACCGGCUGCAAUGGUAUUGUGGUUGCCUGUUAUGGCGCAGCUGGCUUUACGUUUGGAACUGUCACGGCUGGGGCUGGAAUCCCUGCUGCUCUCGUUGCAUGCAACACAAGCCUUGGCGCGUGUAUGGCCGCCUGUGUGGCUGCUGGAUGUGCCCCUACCCCCUAA